UUCAGGUUGAAAUGUCAUUUUGAAAGAAUUGUUAGCAAAGCCUCUCUACAAAAUACAGCCAUUCUGUAUUGUUAAGCUUUCCUAAAUGAUGCCAUCCAACACCACAAAAAAUAUUUAUUUCUCAAGUGAAGCUACCAUAUGGGUUCUGUAAUAAUAAGCUUCUCGGGUUACGGCUCCUCACCUUCAUUAGCCACAGUCACUCAUCACAGGAACACAAUGAAACAGUAAACCUUAUGAAACUCAUGAGUUAUGAAUUUCCUGGUAAGAGUUUAUAAUGAGAAGAACUUCAAAAACCAAGCAGUCCUAGAUCCAAAGUGUUUAGGAACCACCUACUGAAAAAUCUAUACAGAUUAAAAAAUUAAGGCAACCUUUCUUGAAUUUUGAGUAGUCUUAAAAUAUUCUUAAGAUGUCUUUUUUGACUGGCAUUCUUAAAUAAUACUGUAGGUGAUCAUCUUACAUGUAUUUUCAGAAAGGUAAAGUAAUAGGUAUCUUCAAGUAUGAAUGACUUUCUUGUAUCUCCUACAUAGGCACCAUCACACCAGGAGAGACCAAACACAACAGAGACAAAACAGUGAAGGGAAAGAGAAGUUCAAGUGAGUGCUGAAUACUGGGUAUGGAUAGAGGGAAGGAGAUGGGGAAGUCUGGAAGCUGUGGUCCUCCCUUCCAUCAUGGGAAAUAGACUCGUAAGGCCAUUCACACAGUUCAGAGAAGAGAACAUUUGAGGCUUAGUGUAGUUUAGGGCCCUAUGGACAGAAUUUCUGGCAAAUGCUAAAGUACCUGUUGAAGAGAAAAUAUUACUGCAGAGAGCUCAACAGAAGACGCUGAGACAGAUUUGAGAAUGAAAGGAAUGGUAUGACUCAGACAAUACGGGGAUGAUCUUAACUUUUAAUCAUAUAAGGAACUCUAUUUGGAGGUCUCCACAAACUGUAGUUUGUUUGCUUCAAAAUGCUUUAUGCCUAGAAAUAAUGUCAUUCUUAGUCUUAUUUUAUAGAGAGGAAUUCAGGAGAGACAAUCUGAGUAAUCUGCUUAAAGCCACUGAGUGUCAAAAACAGUGUUCUUAAAUUAGUAACAAUAAAAAUGUGAGCUCCAGGGCCUGCUAAGAAGAAAUUUCUUUGGGAAUUGGGGCCAAAAAAGAAUUUGGCAUAAUGAAUUACAAAAGCAGAAGUAUAGAUACACUCCAAUGGAAAAGAAAAACAACACACUCCAAGAGCAAAUAAACUGCCCAGGAAACAGCUUGAAGAAUGUACUUGCUGUAAGGCUUACUUAACACUUUAUGUGAUAGAUGAGGUCUUCUUUAAAAUAAUUAUUCUGAUUUUGCGGAGACAACGUAGAUGAGAAGAGAAAAAAGGUAGGUAGGGAAGUUGAAAAGAGGAUUAACUGGACAGAAAAGAGAAAACAGUGUUGCCUGGCUCUUGGUUCUGAGUUCAUCCUUGUGGCUGUGCUAUCAUUUGGAAAAAUUCGAAGCCCUAAGAAGUAGAAAUAGAACAGGUAGGUUAGAACAUUGUUGAUGCCUAGCAACUCCUCAUAUUUCAGCCUCAUCCUUAAACUCCAAAAGAGAAAAACGUCACAGACAAAAAGGAAAUAAAUUAUGACUUGAUUCAAUGGAAUGUAAAUAGUAAUUUGAAAACAAAGAGUGAUGGGGUUUGUUGCGUAGUCACACAACAUUCCUCCUGGAUUUGAAAUUCACCAGCCACAGUUCCACCCCUUUUGAAGUCCAGCCUCCCAUCCUGGCUGUUUAGCCCAAGCAGGAGCUCCAGGUACUUUUUCAUCUGCUGCCAGGAUGGGAGUGAUAUGGCUGCCCAACCCAUCUCGGAUUCUAUGUUUUGCUUUUCAUGUUAUCUUCAUUCUGCUUCAGCUGGCAACUGCAGAAAGAGAACUGAAGUUCGUGGUUGCAGUUUUCCGACAUGGUGACCGAUCACCUGUUGUAAACUUUCCAACUGAUUUACACAAAGAAAGUGAAUGGCCCCAAGGAUUUGGACAACUUACCAAGACUGGAAUGCAGCAGCUCUUUGAACUUGGACAGUACACGAGGAAAAGAUAUUCAAACUUUUUGAACAGCACAUACAACCGGAAAGAGUUCUAUGUCCAAAGUACAGAUUUUGACCGUACCAUUAUGAGUGCCCAGUCAUACCUUUCUGGCCUCUUUCCACCAACAAGCAGUCAAAUUUGGAACCCAGAGCUCCUCUGGCAACCAAUCCCUGUUCAUGUUGUAACAAAAUCAACAGAUCGGAAGCUGCAUUUUCCUCUGCGGGACUGUCCACGUUUUGACGAACUUCAGAAUGAAACCCAAACAUCUAGUGAAUUUCAAAGUAGAAUACAACCAUACAUGGAUUUCUUACAAACAAUGGCAGUUAACACAGGACUUGAACUAAAUCAUCUUAAAAUACUGGACAAUUUCCAGCUCUGGAAUACAUAUGAUACACUGUACUGUGAGAGUAUUCACAAUUUUUCUCUACCUGUAUGGGCCACCAAAGAUGCGGUGGGCAAGAUGGAAAAACUGGCAGAAUUGGCCUUAUUAUCACUAUUUGGAGUUUAUAAAACAGAAGAGAAAUCACGACUACAAGGAGGUGUCCUUGUGAAUAUUAUUUUAAAUAGUAUUAAGCAAGCUACCAAUUCUUCAAAAGAAAGAAAAAUGGAGGUCUACUCUGCACAUGACACCACAAUUGGGGCCAUCCAGAUUGCUCUCAAUAUUUUCAAUGGAAAAUUGCCACCAUAUGCUGCUUGCCAGUUUUUUGAGCUCUACCAAGAUAACAGUGGGCGGUACAGCAUUGAAAUGCAUUAUCGGAAUGACUCUUCAGUGGAUCCUUACUUACUCACUCUGCCAGGAUGCACCUCUUCCUGCCCACUUGAGAAGUUCGCUGAAUUAGUUUCUCCUAUAAUUACCGAAAAUUGGUCAAGAGAAUGUGGGAAUAAAGACAGAAUGAAAGAUAUCUAUAUUGGAUUUGAUGUUGCUGUUGGCUUGUUGUUCAUUUUUAACCUUGUUCUACUCUAUCUCCUUUAUCACUAUGGACGCUGCAGGCGCAGAAACAAUUACCAAGACAUUUAAAAAAGAGGUGAAGAAAUAGAAGUGAGCAGCUAGACAUCAGGCAAUUCUUUAAAUUGCUCUGCCUUCUAUCCAUCAGUUUGCUCUGGCCAAAUACAUCUCCAGAGCAUAUUCAACAAACUUGAAGAGCUGAGGUUUCAGUCCUAAAAGACUGAGUAUCUACAGUGAGAAACACUGUAGGAAAUUCUUAUUAAGGAUAUAAAUUGAUAGGAAGAAAGAAUUACUUCAGUUUCUACCUUCAGGUUUUCCACCACUAUUAAACAUUAUUAAGCUAUCCACGAGGGUGAAGGAGUACUAUUACUUAUGAUUUUUUUUCUUUUUUGCUUUUUUGGGAGUGGGAAUUGCCCUCUGCUUCUCUCUUAUCCUGCUCAAGGAGUCUUUUUUCAAAAAUCACAAAUUAUAAAUCUUUCUUACUUCUUAUAAACAACUAUUUUGAUGAUGCACAGGAAAAUGUUUUCAGUGAGCAGAAGCUGCAAUUACCAUGUGAAAAAUAUUCAUGCUAGCAUUGGACAUACUGUUUUUUGCGUUUAUUCAUGCAAAUCCAUGCAUGGGUUUUCAGCUUGGCCUCCAGCUAAUAAAAGCCUGCUGCCUGUUUUUAAAGAAGUUAUGCUACUACAGCUCUCACAGAAAUUUGUAGAAAUCUGGGGGGGCUGUCAAAAAAACAAGCAUCAAGCAAGAAGCUUAGUGCAACAAGAUCUUUGUCAGUGUCCACAGAUUUGCUAAUACAGAUAAGUAAAUACACUGAAAUCUAUUUGCUGUGGCAAUGUUCCCUUCCUACUUCGCUGAGCUCCCAUUUAUGGAUGACGCUUUGCCCUACACCUCUGAUGGCUCUGUAUCUUGUCCUGCUUCAGGACACUGAUAUAAUCUUAGUUCUCUCAGCCACGCUUCCUUCAGCUAUUGCUUUUCUUAUUAUUUUAAUUUACGAUAACUUCUUCUCCUGCUCAAAAUCCCUUAGGUUAGCAAUAUAUGCACUGGAAGAAAGAGACAAUUCUGCUUUUUGUAUAGUGAUCUCUUCUGUGAAAUAUAUUUUAUUUGUUUAGACUGUAAGCUCCUAGGUAGGGAAUCUGUUACCAUAAUUGCUCUCUAGUAUCAUAAAUUACGAUUAUCUGAACUGAUAUUGUUGUAUGAAAUAGUGCUUAUUGCCAUAUGUUUCAAGGGCUGAAUCAAGAUUUUCAUCCUGCAGUCCUGCAGAGGAUACUGUGCAUUACAUUACCAUGAAGAAGCCUUUUAAAAAAUCAAGACAUUUAUACAGACAAGUGCCAACAGCAAGUUCAGCCUGACAGAAACAGUAAGCAAUUGUGUGCUCAAGAUGAUGACUUCCACAUAGGUGCAGAAGUCUAGAGAUGGAGCUGCUUAAAUCACAUAUAGAAUCACAUCUACGUUGAUGCACUGUUUCUGAACUGACUUUAGCACACAUCUGUGUGCUGUGAUUUGGAGCACAGAAGCUUGAGUCAACUACUACAAAUCUACAGAAUCCCUCAGUCUUACAUCAACAGACAUAUUUCAAAUGGGAUGUAAUUAGAUGUAUGGAUAUUAAAUGGCAUAAAUCAAGCAAAAUUACAAAUACUUGUGGGAAUAUAGGGCUUUCCAAACGUUACUGUUUUUCCUGCAGAGGUAUUCACCUUUUGAAGAAAUAUUUCCCACUCAGUAAAAAGCUUUUACUAUAUCCCUGACAUUUCCAUUUUAAGUGAUGGAUUUGAUUCCUACAUGGUAAAGAUCUUUUGUUGUAUAACAACUCAGGGUAAAGUACUCAAUUAAAAAAAAAAAAAAAUCUGUAAAUCAGAUAUUUUGUAUGUACAAGCUUCAGAUUUUAACUAGUUGCUCUGAUCCUCAGUGCAAAAACAUAAGUGUUUAUAUUGUAAUCAAAGUGUUAGAGAAGCUCUACAAAACAAACCUGAACUGGUUUCUUAGCAGAGGACUCACAGUAGGGCAGAGCUCAGCACAAACUGCAAAAUGGAUCCUGACUCCU